AUGGCACACCCAAAUUAUGAGAAGAAUUUUUUUGAAGAGGUCUUAGGUGAAGAAAAUAUGGUUCUUACAUUGAUUCCAGUUAAUGAGGAAAUUGUUGAAGAUCAUCAAACGGAUCCAAGUGUUUCUUCAACUUCAGAAGUUAAAGUGGAUUCACUGAGUCUAGACGAUCAAGUUCAUCCUCCUCAAACAGAUGACCAGUUCAAAGCUUGCCCAAAAUCUAGCUGUAGUAAACCAAUUUAUCCGUUGCCAACCAUAUUGCCUCCAAUUAACAACGUGAGUCGGGACACUUUGCGGAAAUGGUGCCAACAACUUAAUUUGAGUACCGAUGGUCAGAAAAUAGAGGUUUAUCUGAGACUCCAGAAACAUGCUUAUCCUGAAAAAGAUCAGUAUAUUCCUGAAUCAUCACGGGAGGCCAGAUCGCAGUCAUGUCCAGGGAAACACAAGAUGGUGACCAGGAGAGCAAGUGUUAAGAAAAGGAAGAUGAGUGAGAAUGAGGAUAGGACUCACAUGGUUGAAGUGAUAACUUCAGCACAGGCAGCCAUGUUGGCAGCAUGGUCAAGAAUUGCUGCAAGAGCCGUUCAACCUAAGGCUGUAAAUUCACGUCCCCUGCCUACCUCUGUUGAGUCCUUUCUGCCGCAAGCUUCCGGUAAGAUCAACCUUAAAGAAUGGUUACCAUGCCAGAGAAAGAAGGCACACUUUUAUUAUCAGUCCAAUACUGAUGGUAGUUAA